AUGGAGCAGCUGAAGACGAUUGGAAGAGAGCUGGCGAUGGGAUCGCAAGGAGGGUUUGGUCAGUCGAAAGAGUUUCUCGAUCUGGUCAAAUCAAUCGGCGAGGCACGAUCUAAGGCUGAGGAAGAUCGGAUCGUGCUCAGCGAGAUCGACAUACUGAAACGGAGGUUGCUGGAGCCAGAUGUGCCCAAGAGGAAGAUGAAAGAGUACAUUAUACGGCUCGUUUACAUUGAGAUGCUCGGCCACGACGCUUCCUUUGGCUACAUUCACGCCGUGAAGAUGACGCAUGAUGAUAAUCUGCUCCUCAAGCGUACCGGUUACCUAGCAGUCACGCUCUUUCUCAACGAGGAUCACGACCUCAUUAUCCUCAUCGUUAACACGAUCCAGAAAGAUCUCAGAUCCGAUAACUAUCUCGUUGUUUGUGCUGCACUUAAUGCAAUCUGUAGGCUGAUCAACGAGGAGACGAUUCCGGCGGUUUUGCCUCAGGUGGUGGACUUGCUUAAUCACCAGAAGGAAGCUGUGAGGAAGAAAGCGAUCAUGGCUCUGCAUAGAUUUCACCGGAAGUCUCCUUCUUCGGUCUCACAUUUGGUCUCCAAUUUCAGAAAGAGGUUAUGCGAUAACGAUCCGGGAGUUAUGGGUGCUACGCUUUGCCCACUGUUUGAUCUCAUAAGUGAAGAUGUUACUUCCUACAAGGAUUUGGUCAGCAGCUUCGUCAGCAUUCUCAAGCAGGUCACUGAAAGAAGAUUGCCAAAGAGUUACGAUUACCAUUCAAUGCCUGCACCCUUCAUCCAGAUCAAGUUGCUGAAGAUAAUGGCGCUGCUGGGUAGUGGUGAUAAGAGUGCGAGUGAAAUGAUGUACAUGGUUCUUGGAGACUUGUUCAGAAAGUGCGAUUCCUCUACAAAUAUAGGAAAUGCGAUCCUUUAUGAGUGUAUUCGCUGUAUUUCUUGUAUACUUCCAAAUCCCAAGCUGUUAGAAGCUGCUGCUGAAGCUAUCUCCAAGUUUCUGAAGAGUGAUAGUCACAAUCUAAAGUACAUGGGGAUUGAUGGUCUUGGUCGAUUGAUAAAAAUAAGCCCAGACAUUGCUGAGCAGCACCAACUUGCUGUGAUAGAUUGUUUGGAGGAUCCAGAUGAUACACUAAAGAGGAAGACAUUUGAAUUGUUGUAUAAAAUGACCAAGUCCUCUAAUGUAGAAGUGAUUGUCGACCGAAUGAUCGAUUACAUGAUUAGUAUCAAUGAUAAUCAUUACAAAACUGAGAUAGCAUCUCGUUGUGUUGAGUUGGCAGAACAAUUCGCUCCAAGUAAUCAAUGGUUCAUACAGAUCAUGAAUAAAGUCUUCGAGCAUGCAGGAGAUUUGGUAAAUAUUAAAGUGGCUCAUAACUUGAUGCGUUUGAUUGCUGAAGGAUUUGGAGAGGAUGAUGACGAUGCAGACAGCAAGCUUAGACUAUCAGCUGUAGAAUCAUACUUGAAGAUCAUUAGCGAGCCAAAGCUUCCAUCCCUGUUUCUUCAGGUCAUUUCUUGGGUCUUGGGAGAAUACGGUACAGCGGAUGGGAAGUAUUCUGCUUCCUAUAUUAGCGGAAAGCUGUGCGAUGUGGCAGACGCAUACUCAAGUGAUGAAACUGUUAAGGGUUAUGCUGUUUCUGCACUGAUGAAGAUCUAUGCAUUUGAAAUUGCAUCUGGAAGAAAGGUCGAUGUAUUGCCAGAGUGCCAAUCUUUGAUUGAAGAGCUACUGGCUUCACAUUCAACAGAUCUUCAGCAACGUGCAUAUGAGCUUCAGGCUCUCAUUGCUCUAGAUGCCCGUGCUGUCGAGAGUAUAAUACCUUUAGAUGCUAGUUGCGAAGACAUCGAGGUUGAUAAGGAUCUUUCAUUCCUCAAUGGCUACAUCCAACAAGCUAUCGAGAGUGGAGCACAACCUUAUAUUUCUGAGAGGGAACGCUCAGGGAUGUUUGAAACCACUGAUUACCAUUCUAAUGAUCAUCACGAAGUUACAUCUCAUGCUCUCCGAUUCGAAGCCUAUGAACUUCCAAAGCCAUCAGGGCCACCAGAAGCUUCGACCGAGCUUGUUCCAGUAACCGAGCCUUCUUACUACACCGAGUCCCACCAGCCAAUCUCAACAUCUCUGGCGUCUGAACGAGAAUCGUCAGAAAUCAAGCUGCGACUAGAUGGAGUUAAGCAAAAAUGGGGUAGGCCGAGCUAUCAACCGACCACAUCAGCUUCUUCUACUCCUCAGCAAGCAGCAAACGGUACCACUACACACUCAGAUGGAGGAGGAGUUGGUUCAUCUAGCUCAAAGCCUCGAAGCAGUUACGAAUCAAAGAAACCGGAAGUUGACCCCGAGAAACAGAGACUCGCUGCAUCCUUGUUCGGUGGAUCAUCAUCAUCAAGGACUGAUAGAAAGUCAUCUUCUGGUGGUCACAAGCCAGCAAAAGGAACAGCUAACAAACCAGCAACCAUCCCCAAGGACCCUGUUCAGCCACCACCACCAGACUUGCUCGACUUCGGCGAGCCAACUGCUACAACCGUUGCAGCGACGGAUCCUUUUAAAGAGUUGGAAGGGCUUCUAGAUUCUUCGAGCCAAGACGGUGGUGCAACAGAUGUGAUGGGACUAUACUCGGAUGCAGCACCUGUGAUUACAACCACAACAAGCGUUGACUCUCUCUUAUCUGAACUCUCUGAUAGCUCCAAAGGAAACUCACGCACGUAUCAGUCUCAAACCUCGAAAGGACCAAACUCGAAGGAAGCUCUAGAGAAAGACGCUCUUGUUAGACAGAUGGGUGUAAACCCAACAAGUCAGAACCCUACUCUGUUCAAAGAUCUCCUCGGCUAG